AUGACAAGAGAAACCCGUGUUGAAGACCCCGUCCGCGCAUCCAACCGCAGACAACCAGAACGAGAGCAUGAGCAAGAACGAGAACGAGAAAUAAGCCCCGAUAGAAUAAGUGAAGAUCAAGAACCAGAGCGAGACCGCCGCACCCGUCGAAUCCCCGUCCGCGGCCGAGAUUCCUACUCUCCACCAUACAUUCGCCGUCGAUACCGUUUCACCCCCUCCCCUCCACGACUUCCUUAUAUUUAUUCCCACCACGAACUCUUUGCCAGCGAGGAUCCCCAGUCUGAAUCUCAAUCCCAACAAGACCGCUGCGUCUACCUCGUUCCCUACGACCGAGAGGCAUACAUAACCACCCACCCAGCCACCCACUACGACUUCACUCAGUGGCUCCCCCUGCUCGCCCUCGGUGCCACAGAGACAUGGUACAAAUUCAGCACGGCCAAAGACAAAAUAGUCUACACAAACCAAAGCCUGCCCCUCCUCGCGCCCCCAAACCCAAACCUAGUGCCCUUGGCGGAUCCUAGACCCGUCGGGCUCCGCCUCGUCCGGAUCGCAGCAACGGCAGCCCUCCGCCCUCCAUCUUCUCCUCCAGUUCCAGUCAAGUACGAAGAUGGAUCAAAGCCAACCCAGCCGAACCUGGUGUACCUCUCCAUCCAGGCAUCUAUAACAGGGAACACGACCAGAAUAAAUGACCGCUGGGACCACCCUGAUCGAAACUUGCCGGACCUCGCGGAUAACUCGCUAGUAGGGCAGAAUAUCUACCGGGUGAUCCGGUGUGGGAGCCGUGAAGAGGCGGCUGCGCAGGCGUUUUACUAUGCCGGUGGGAAUCGGUGGUCGACGGUGUUUACCUGUGCUGUUGUGGCUGGGGCCAGGAGUUUGUCGGGGCGGGUGAUGGUUUACAAUGCUGAGGCUUAUGAGAGGGUGAGUUCGGUGGAGGAGUUGGUUGACGAUGGGGUUGAGAUGAAGGGGGCGAAGAUUAAGGUGUUUUAUUGA